AUGGACAACAGGGAGAUUUUGGCAGAACGCCGUCCGACCUCAAGGUUCUCCAUGGACACUGAGGACCAAUCGAAUCUCUGCUUCCCACUGCUAGGCAACAUCUCCUGCAGGAAGACAACCUUUGAUUUGGCACAGAGAUAUAUUUUCAUAGCCCUCCUACCCACCACAUGCAUCCUCACUGUGCUGCUUAACCUGCUCGUCGUCAUCUCUAUCUCCCACUUCAGGCAGCUCUACACCCCAACCAACCUCCUCCUCCUCUCGCUCGCCGUCUCUGACAUCCUGGCGGUCAUGGGGAUGUUGGCAUAUCUGAUUACCAAUAGCACACCCUGCUGGUUUCUAGGGGACAUCGCCUGUAGUAUGAUAAAUUACCUGACUUUCGUUUGUCAGUCUGCCUCAGUAGGAAACAUGGUGCUGAUAUCAGCCGACCGUUUUGUGGCUAUUUGUGAUCCUCUGCAUUACACUGUCAAAGUCACCGUGAAAAGAAUUCAACUUUGUAUUUGUCUCUGUUGGUCGGCUUCUGGUAUCCAUUGUGGCAUCGUUUUGAAGGACAAAUUGGCACGUCCUGAAAUCGGUAACACUUGCCUUGGAGAGUGUGUUCGCAGUAUUGACAUGAUCGGGGGCAUUCUGGACGUCAGCGUGAACUUCUUUAUUCCUCUCGGAGUCAUUGUCAUUCUCUACACAAGAGUGUUUGUGGUUGCAGUGUCUCAGGCGAGAGCCAUGCGUUCUCAAGCGAAAUGUUUUAAACUGCAAAAUUCUGCCCCUGUCAGAGCGAAGAAAUCUGAGCUGAAGGCCGCCAAGACUCUGGGUAUUGUCGUCCUGGUCUUUUUGUUGUUUUUCUGUCCAUACAAUAUCGCCAGUCUGAUGGCUUUUCAAAUGAAAGUGAUGAAUUAUAUUGGUUAUUUUUACGGUUUGAACGCGUGUGUGAACCCGUUGAUAUACGCGGUGUUCUACCCCUCUUUUAGAAAAGCUUUUAAGCACAUUGUCACUUUGCGCAUACUGCAACCUGGCUCCUGUGAUGCCAACAUAUUGUAA